UGCGGUUUUUUUUAUUUUGUUCUGCGCGUGUUGUGUCUCCUCUCCUCCAACAGCGGCCAUCAGUCGAACGCGACGCUUUGUCCCGUCCGUGUGCGAUGGCGUGCAAUUCCUCCGGUCGACGUGCGUAACGAAACUACACCAAUUGUUACAAUAUCAUAAUACAUCCGGCAGGCCAUAUUGAAUUAAUUGCAAAUAAAACAAACGUAUCAUCCGUGUAUUGUGUAUAUACACGUGACGGCUGAAAACUUAAGCUCUACUCGUCUACUCGGGACAAUAUGGAAAUACGGCGGGAAGAUUUGACUUUCAUUUCAAAGGUGAAAAACUCUCCCAAAAUAGACGUAAUCGCGGGAUGGCUGAAGACCAACAGAUUCCUCAUCUGUAUCUUGUUUUCAGUCAUUUUAGGAGUGGCUCUUGGAUUGACAUUAAGACCGUUACAUCUCAGCAGUGAAUCCAUUACAUUAAUUUCAUAUCCUGGUGAACUUUUCCUAAGGACUCUAAAAUUAAUGGUGUUACCAUUUAUCAUAUCAUGUUUAAUUAUUGGUGCUGCCAACUUGGAUAUUAGUAAAAACGGUAAUGUCGCUGUUCGAACAAUUGUAUAUUUUAUUGUUACGUCUGUGUUUAAUGUUUGUCUGGGAUUAACUUUGGGUCUGAUUGUUCAUCCCGGAAGUCCAGAUUUGAGGCCAAAAAACAUCACAUCAUUUUCUGGACCAAAGAAAAUGAAUGCUAUAGAUGGAUUUCUAGACAUGGGCAAGAAUUUACUACCAGAAAAUUUAUUUCAAGCUACGAUUCAACAGACACUUACAGAAUAUGAGACUACAAUGAGUGCAAAUAACACGCAAAUAUUGAAAAAAGUCGUUAAAUACAAGGAUGGUACAAAUACAUUGGGUAUAAUAUUUUUCUGUCUAAUUUUCGGCACUAUACUGGGAACGAUGGGCGAACGCAAGCGACCCGUUCUAGACUUCUUCACAGUCACCUACGAAGUAAUGCAAAAGAUACUCACAGGAGUGAUUUGGUUUACUCCGAUUGGAGUUGCUAGCGUCAUAUGUGGCAAGAUCAUUACUAUAGUCGAUCUUACAACCACACUGGUUCAGCUAAGCUUAUUCAUCAUGACGACUAUUGGAGGUUUCCUCUUUUAUCAACUUGUCAUCGUGCAGUUCAUUUAUUUCAUAAUCAUAAAAGAAUCUCCUUGGUCCUACUACUUGUCUCUGGGACCUGCACUCGCAACAGCAUUUGCUACAGCUUCCAAGUCAGCAUCUAUUCCAAUAACAUUUAAAGUACUAGAUGAAAAACUAAAGAUGAAUCCUAAGAUCACCAAUUUCGUUCUUCCAAUCGGUACGAUCAACAUGGACGGUUCCGCACUGUACUUGAGUGUUGCACUUUUAUUCUUGGCACAAAUCAAUAACUUACAGCUAGGCAUAGGAGAAAUUAUCACUAUCGGAUUAGCUUGCACAGCGGCCAGUAUGUCUUCAGCAGCAAUUCCAUCGGCAGCUAUUGUCUUAGUCAUAAUGCUGUGUAGUGUGAUAAACAUACCUACUGAAGACGUAUCCUUACUGUUUGCCGUCGAUUGGCUUGUGGACAGAUUCAGAACCAUGAACAAUUUGAUCGGUGAUUGUUACACAGUGGCUAUUGUUCAACAUUUAUCCAAAGACGAAUUGGAUCAGAACGACGAUGUGAAUAAAACGGAGCCCAUAGACGAAUCACAUACGAACAGCUCAUUUGUCAUGCAAGAUCUCGAACAAAACGGACGAAUAAACGAGUGUUUCACCAACACGCCUGUAUAAAUGAUACAUUCCCAACAACGGGACAACCACGACAAACAUUCACAAGUUUUAUUUAAUUUUUUUUUUUUUGUACAACUAUUAUUUUUCGUGUAUUUAUUCCAUAAAUAUUUUUUAACGU